UGGAGCUCACAGUGAGAUGGCAGGACCUGGGGGAGACUAGACUUGGCCUGAGAAGAGACUGAGGACAUGCUUUUGAUGUGCCCAAGGUGGAAGGCCAUGACCAAUUGCACAGAACAGCAGUACUGGGACAAUCUCCUGUGCCAAUGCAUCUCCUGCAGAGUUGCAUGUAAUCGGCCCAGUGUGGAGAGAUGCACUACCUUCUGCGCAUCAAUGGACUGCAUCAAGCAACCCGGCUCCUACUACGAUGAGCUCUUGAGAAAAUGCAUCAACUGCUCAGGCAUCUGUGGGCAGCACCCAAUCCAGUGUCUCCCGUUCUGUGAAAAUAAACUUGUAACUACCUCAUCCAGAAUGCCUGCUCUGGAGCAGAAGCUAGGCAAUGAUCAGGACCAAUGGCUGGUUGUCUACCUGCUGCUGGCGCUCUGCCUUUGCACCGUGAUCUGCUCUUUGCUGGUGGGCUGGACCCACUUCAAAAGGAGGGGAGCGGAGGUCUCCUGCCAGCCCACCCCUGGGACCUGCCACAAGAGAGAGGAUUCCUCAAAAGAUCACUUAGUGGAAGCGGGGAGCGUUGGAGGUGGCUCCACUGGGAGUAGACUACCAGAGCCUGUGGAAACCUGUGGCUUCUGCUUCCCUGAACAAGGACCUGCCAUGCAGGAGACCAAAGCAUGUCACAGCUCCUCCUAUCAUCCUGGAGCAAGGGCUACUGCCUCACAGGCUGGGGUAUCCAGCACAGGAAGUGCUGGGGCUAUCCCCACCCCUGAGGAUGGCCAUUUCAAAAUCAUAUGCUCCCCAUCACAAGAGAAGACACCGAUGACAUUAACUCAUUGAGCAAUGCAGCGAUCAGGGAGAGAAGUAACACUCCCCACACUCAGAAUAAAGCUGCUUGCAUUUGAUCCUUGCUGUCAAUCUUCAGUAAAACACAACUGUACCUUGCCUGCCAAUCACGAUAGAAGCUACCUUCACACCAUGGAAACAGAC